GUCGUUUCUCGUCGGAAGAGAAAACGUGUCGGACAAUCACAUUAGCCGAGGAAUAGAUGCCUACUAAAACGUCAAUUCCUGUCGUUCACACAGGCUCCUGUAACGGUUAUGUGCGCAUGUAUUAACAUUAAUGAUUUUAUUCAAUAAAACGAAAUGAUGAGUUUGUUGCAGUAGUGAAAAUGUUCGCUAAACCGUUUCGUGUCAAAUCCAACACGGUAAUCAAAGGAUCAGACAGGAGGAAACUGAAAGGCGACAUAUCUGCAGCCUUUCCUUCACUCUCUGCUGAGGAGCUGUCUGAGCUGGUCCCCAACAAAGAGGAGUUGAACAUAGUUAAGAUUUAUGCACACAAAGGAGAUGCAGUGACACUUUAUGCUCUUCAUAAAACCCCCCUGUUCUUUGAAGUAGAAAAGCGUCUGUAUCCUACAGUGUAUGUGCUUUGGCGAUACCCUGCUCUCCUGCCAGCCUUCACAACAUGGAAACCCGUGCUUCAGAAGUUGAUAGGAGGGGCAGACCUCAUGCUACCAGGGGUGGUGGUGCCCUCAAGUGGUUUACCAGAUGUUAAACAAGGCGACUGCUGUAGUGUUACGGUGGUGAACAAUAGAGCUCCUGUUGCUGUCGGCACGGCUACAGUGUCCAGUGCUGAGAUGCAGAGUUUGGGCAUGAAAGGAAGAGGAGUGUGUGUUCUCCACACUUACAUGGAUUACCUCUGGGCUUUUGGAGACAAGUCAAAUCCUCCAUCGUUGCUUGAUGUAGAGGUUGAGGAACAAGGGGAGUAUGGAGACGAGCUUGCAGCUGAUGAAGAGGCUGAGAAGUAUGUAGAGGAGCAGCAGAGUGCCGGGGAAACAGUGACAGAUGAAGCCUGUCCUGCUGUGGAGGAUCUGAACCUGGCUGACGAGGAGGAAAACAAGGGUGAAAAGGGUAAUGAGGAACAGGAGAAGGACGAGGAGCAAACACCACAAGCGAUAAUGGAUGCCCUGCUGCUGCAGUGUUUCCUCCAUGCGCUCAAGAGCAAGGUGAAGAAGUCAGAGCUCCCCCUGCUGACCAGUACAUUUCUCCGCAACCACAUGUUCUCCUGCUGCCCAAGUGGAAAACAACUUGAUAUCAAGAAGUCCAGCUAUAAAAAGCUGUCAAAGUUUCUGCAGGCCAUGCAGCACGAGCACAAGCUGGUGCGAGUAAAAGAACUGAGCAAGGGAGUGGAGAGCAUUGUGGAGGUGGACUGGAAAAAUCCAGAGCUGCGAUCCUUCAACAUUCCUGAGACAGAUGUUGAAGCAGCUUCAGAGCAGGAUGGAGGAGAAGGAGAAAUUCUGUAUCAUCCUCCUGAGAUUACAACUCUGUACUCUGUUUCUGCACGGCUGGAGCCGCUCUUUGUGGAUGCAAACAAAAGCAGGAAAGGCUCGGCCCUGCAGCCUGCUGAAGUGAGAAGUAUUAUCACAGAGUAUGUGAAGAAGAAUGAACUGGUGGAUGAGAACAAUAAGAACUAUGUGAGAAUAACCCCGACUCUGUGCGACUGCCUGCUGGAGAAAGCGGAGUACCAGCAGGUGGAGACUUUGAAGUGGGACGACCUUUUCGGCAGGACGCUGGAAAGAAUGCAGCAGUGCUACCAACUAGUGUUUCCUGGACAAGCUGCAGUGGUGAGGAAAGGUCACAUCGAGCCCAUCGACAUCUCUGUGGCCUCUCGAGGCUCCAAUAAGAAGGUGACUAUAAUAAAGAACCUGGAGGUGUAUGGUUUGGACCCCACCGCUGUAGCCACUGCUAUGCAGCACAGGGUGCAGGCCAGCACCGUCCUGCAGCCCAUCCCUGGGGCCAAGGACAAGGUCCUAGUUCAGAUCCAAGGCAAUCAGACUCACCAAGUUGGCAGCCUGCUGCUGGAUUAUUAUCAAAUUCCUCGCAAGUACAUCCAGGGACUAGACAAAGCUCCAAAACCUGGCAAGAAGAAGUGAGUUCUCAACCUGCUGCAGCAGCGCUUUACUGCCGGAGCAGCUUCGCUGUAUGUCAACACAACAACAAUAAACUGUGCUGUUCAUGUUA